UCGGAAUCAAGUUUCCAAAUCAGGGUCGUGAGCCGUGAGGUAAGAGAAUAAAAUGUUCCAACGCUAACAGUGGCAGGUUCACAAUUUUGGAUGAGGCAGGGCAGGAAUAGCAUCGUACGACUGAUUCGUUUCCUCUGAAGUUAAGUUGUCCCUUUUAGCUUGCCGCAGUAAUGGCGUAAGUGGAAAAAGUGCUAAAUUCUCACUCACGGCGGCUCACACACUCUCUCGCUCAUCCUCGAAAUUAUAUUUCCUUUCAAUCUGACGCAAGUUUUGCUGAAAUCUAUCGAAGAUGUCAGGGGGUUUCUUCCGAGGCACCUCGGCCGAUCAAGAUACUCGCUUCUCGAAUAAACAGGCGAAGCUGUUGAAAUCCCAGAAGUUCGCCCCGGAAUUGGAGCAUUUGGUGGACAUGACUAAGGUGAAGAUAGACACUGUUAAACCCUGGAUAGCUAAGAGGGUAACAGAGCUUCUUGGAUUUGAGGAUGAAGUUCUGAUCAAUUUCAUUUAUGGCCUGCUGGAUAGAAAGGAGGUGAACGGGAAGGAGGUUCAGAUUCAGCUCACUGGAUUCAUGGAGAAAAACAGUGGAAAAUUCAUGAAAGAACUUUGGACCCUCCUUUUGAGCGCUCAGAAAAAUGCCAGCGGAAUCCCUCAACAGAUAUUGGAUGCCACAGACGAGGAACUAAGGAAGAAGAAGGCGGAAGCUGAUCGAAUUACCCAUGAAAUUCAGAAGAGGAAAGAGAAAGAAGUAAGGGAGUUUGAGCUAGAGAACCUGAAGAAGAUGGACGGCGGUAAUGAUGACUCGAGGACCAAUAAUGCUGCAUCUGAUCCAACCUUGAGGCGUUUGCAGGCCAAAGGCUCCAGUGAAGAGAAAGAAGCUGACGAGAGGAAUGGCUCAAGGAAGAUGAACAGGGCAUCCAAAUCUCCAAAUUCAGUGGACCGUUCCCUUUCUAAUCGCUCUCCUUCCAGGUCAGUCAGCAAGUCAUUUUCCAAUUCGAGGAGUUACUCAGCUGAAAGGUACAGAUCAAGGAGCCUGUCCGAUUCUCCUCAGCCACGAGGCCGCUUUAUUUCCCCUGAAAGGCAGUAUCGAUCUCCAAGGAGGCGUUCUGUUUCUCCUCGUCAGUGGCCUUCACCACGAAAACCUCGUUCUCCUUUAAGGCGCAGAUUACAUCAUUCUAGACAGAGGUCGCCAUCAUAUUCUCAGCGUAGAUCCCUUUCUCCUGUGCGCCGUAGACUACCCUCUCCAUCAAGACGUAGAUCACCAUCCCCUGUGCGGCGUCGAUCUCCUUCUCCUGUGCGGCGUCGAUCUCCUUCUCCUGUGCGGCGUCGAUCUCCUUCUCCUGUACGGCGUCGAUCACGUAGAUCUCCAUCACCUGCACGACGUAGGUCUCCUUCUCCUGUGCAUCGGAGGUCUCCAUUGGGUGUCCGCAGGAGGUCACCAACUACUUCCCGUCGGCGGUCUCCUCCUAGGUGGAAUUCCCCAUCACCAGUUCGGCGCAGGUCACCUUCUCCAUUGAGGAGGAGAUCUCCUCCUCCUAGGUCCCCUAGACACAGGAGGAGGUCACCAUUGCGUUCACCAAGACUGAGAUAUAGGAGUCGUAGUCCAUAUAGAAGCCGCAGUCCUGCAUAUAGAAGUCGUAGAAGCUUGAGUAGGGACCGCGAUGGUAGAACUAAUGGUGUGGAAUCCAGAAGUACUCGUGACAAUUAUGUCUCUCUAAGGGCCCGUGGGAAAAUGUCUCCUGUUCGUCAUGCUCCAGAUAGAGAGGUUGAGCGACUAGGUCAGGCACGAAGGGGAUUGGACACAGAGUCUCGCCAACCACCAAUUUCAUUGAGGUCACCACAACGGGAUCCUAGUGACCAAAGCAAUGCCGACCGCAAAAGGCCUGCUUUGGCUCAUACACCAGAGUUUUCUCGAAGUUCAUUAGAGUCUUCACCACAUGUGGGGAAAUUGAGCCCUCAUGAGGAUAGGGUCUGCAGCUCAUCUGAGAGUCCUCUGAGACAAGGGAAAGAACGGGUGAGUCGUCAUGGCAGUGCAAGUCCUGUGAGGCGGCCAAGGAAACAGACAGUUCAUCGUGACAGCUCAGAAACAAGUUCGGUGGAAGAGAUCAGUCAGGCCAGGGAGGAUAAGAAUUAUAGGAAUAAUUCUUUAGACAGACAUUUACCCACAUCUGGCAAUAGGAAAAGUUCUUCUGUGAAAGACUUCCGUCAUGAAGAGUACUCACCUGAAAGAGUUGAUGGUAAUCGGUCUGCUGAAGCUAGGGGUCGUCCAGAUAACACAGAAUUGAGAAAGAAAUACCAGGACAAAAGGAGUUCGAAAGCUUCAAUGGGGACUGGUCAUUCUGAGAGUCCCAUCCCAAAAGAAUCUCCUAUGUUAGUUGGUAUUGAGUAUGGGCCUGGGAGGCCGGAUGGUGGAAGUGAUGUUCUGGAUGGACGGCGACCAGUGAAUAAACAUGGAAGAGAUUCUCCUUCACUAAGUGAAAGAGUACAGAAAUCAUCCUCCAGAGAAGGUAAUAAAGCAGAUGAGGGAAAGCAUUCUUAUUCAAGCAAGGCUGAAGACAGGAACCGGCAUGACAAGACAGAAGUUGUUCAGAAAUCAUUGAAGAAGGUUGAUAGGAAGAAUCGUCCUGGUGAUUCUGAUUCUGAUUCAGAUAAAAAAGAGAAAUUCAGAUCUGAUUACGUAGAAAAGAGAAAGCGUAAGAGGUCAAGUAGGCAUGAAACGGCUUCAGAUGAUAAUGCAUCUGAUGAUUCUGAAAUUGAUGAGAGGAAGGAGGCCAAGAGAAGAAGGAAGGAAGAAAAGAGAUUGCGGAAAGAGGAGAAGCGGCGACGGCGUGAAGAACGGCACCGUAGAAGGGAAGAACGCCGUGCAAGCAAGCUGAAAGCCAAGUCAGUGGACACAGUCACUCCACCUUCAGAUUUUGAAAAACUCCGAAAUGAUGCUGAUGAUUCAGAACGUGAAGUUGAUGCCAGGAAAGAGUCGAAUCCAAGCGACACUGAAGAGACACUGUCAGAGCAGAAAAGGCUUGAAAUUGAGCUCCGAAAGAAGGCUCUAGAAUCGCUAAGAGCAAAGAAGGGCAUCAGUCACUAAAUUUGUUCUUGUUUUGGAUCAACUUUCAGUUUUUAUUUUUAUUUUUUUUUUCCUUUUGUUCAGAAGUAUUUGUUAAAUUUUAAUACUAAGAAAUAUUUGUUAAAAAUGGGAUUUUUCCUGUUAUAUGGCAUAGUUGUUUAAUGCACAGUCUGUGUUUACUGCUGGCAGCUUUUCUGGAUAAAUGAAGAUUCCUGAGCUAUACUAGAUGUGCAACUAUGUGCAGAACUUGCUCCUAGAUUUUCUGAUGAGAAUACUGUCAACUAGAUGACUUGGUUGAGCAGGGCCUUGUGCAGAACCAGUUUUUGUACAUCAAAUCAGCUUGACAGUGCUGGGGACUUUGUUUUUUAAAUUCACCAAGAUGAUACAUGCUUCCAAGUCAUCCUAUCUUGAUCUUGAUCUCGAUCUCAGUCUUAACUUACUGUGGAGAGCAUCACAAUGUAUGUAUAAGUGCUGAUAAUUUUUUUAAAAAUUCUAUCAAACUUAUUUUUCAUUAAAUUUUGAAGUUUAUAGUGCUGGUACUUACCAUGCAUGUUUAUUUGUUUAUCUCCUCCCACUCACCCACCCCCCCUCUUUUGAUUGGUGGGAUUCUGCUAUUGUGGUGUCUUACUGACCAAAAUUUGGAUGUAAAUUUCUUAUUUUGUGCCCUUGUCCUAUUUACAAUUAAGAAAUACACUUUGGUAA